AUGAAAACCAACCAUCACGAACCCGCGAACUCGCGAACUAUCAAAAAUCCCAUUCAAAAGUUAGUUGAAUCAGUUUUUCAUCCUUUUUUUUGUUUUUUUUUCAAAGCCAUCGCACUUGGGGUCCUAGCCUCCCGCUGGCCGCAGGACCUCUUCUCGCAGAAGAGCCAUCUGCAGGGCGAUGAGCUUCGCGUCUGGGCCUCCUUUGUAGAGAUCUACAACGAACAGCUCAGAGAUCUGUUGGAACCCAGCGGCUUGCGACAAGAGACGCAAAGCAGCUUAAGGAUCAUGGACCACCCUGCGCUGGGGGUGAUCAUUCCGGGCUUGGUCGAAGCGGCGUGUCAGUCCGUGAUGGAGGUGAAGAAACUCAUCAGAUUUGGUCUGAAGAAACGAGUAACCUCGGCCACCAUCAUGAACAAUACGUCCUCCCGUAGCCAUGCGGUCUUCAUCCUCAAGGUACAGCGCUUGGCUGGUGGAUGCGAGCGUUCGGACUCCACGAACGCGCGGAUGAACCUGGUGGAUUUGGCAGGCGAAGCCGUGGUGACGUGGUUUCCCGUGGUGACGUGGCGCGGGGAAUAG